AUGAUUCGUAUCAGUAGCGGAUCCACGCUUAAAAGGCAAGUACGGGCCUUCAUCCUUGUUUUUCUCAUCGAGGCGACGGUGUGCCAGAUCCGCUACUCUGUCCCAGAGGAGAUGAGAAAGGGCUCCUUUGUCGGAAACGUGGCUGAAGAUCUGGGUAUCGACGCUAAAAGACUGAAAUUAGGAAGUGCCCGAAUUGUUAGUGGUGAUAGCAGCGAGUAUAUCCGGCUGGAUGUAGACAAAGGGACUCUGGUCGUUGGAGAAAUAAUAGAUCGAGAGCAGCUCUGUGGACAGACAUCGCCCUGUAGCUUAAAUUUUGAAAUGAUAAUGAUGAAUCCAAUGCAACUGCACAGCGUCACCAUAACACUUAGAGACCAGAACGACAACCCCCCUCAGGUUCUAUACCCAGUCCAGACUGGUGGCUCUCUGGUGGCUGAACUGGUGCCUCGCUCAGCAGAGGUGGGCUAUCUGGUCACUAAAGUGGUGGCUGUUGAUGUGGACUCUGGACAGAAUGCCUGGCUCUCCUAUAAACUGCAGAAAGCCAGAGACAGGGCGCUGUUUGAAGUGGGCUCACAGAAUGGAGAAAUAAGAACUAUCCGCCAAGUCACUGAUAAAGACGCAGUGAAACAAAGACUGAGUGUUAUAGUGGAGGACAACGGGCAGCCCUCUCGUUCAGCUACAGUCGUUGUUAACGUGGCGGUGGCGGACAGCUUCCCGGAAGUGCUGGCGGAGUUCACUGACUUUACGCACGACAAGGAGUACAACGACAACCUGACUUUUUACUUAGUGCUGGCUCUGGCUGUAGUUUCCUUCCUCUUCAUCACGUGUGUAGUGGUUAUAAUCUCAGUGAAAAUCUACAGGUGGAGACAGUCUCGCGUCCUGUAUCACUCCAACCUCCCUGUGAUUCCAUAUUAUCCACCACGUUACUCAGACACUUUGGGGACAGGAACUCUCCAACACGUGUACAAUUACGAGGUGUGCAGGACGACUGACUCCAGAAAGAGUGACUGUAAGUUCAGCGGAGCUGGUAGUCAGAACGUGCUGAUAAUGGACCCCAGUGCUACAGGGACGAUGCAGCGGAUACAGAGUGAAAAGAGCAUCCUGGACGAACCAGACUCUCCUCUUGAGCUGCUGCAUAUUCCUCUGCGGGGGAGGGGGUUUACAGUCGUGGGUGAGUGA